AUUUUAUUCAUACUCGGGCUUCCAAAAUGGCUUUCAAGUCUGGAAUAAUUUUUAUCACCAUCGUGUUGGGAUGCUUGGCCAUCCCAACACCGCCCGAGUAUGACGAUAUGUCGAUAUUCUUCGACCAAGAAGAUUUCGACGACUCAUCCGACGCUCGCAUCGUGGGGGGCACGGAGGCCGCUAACGGGGCCCACCCGCAUAUGGUGGCUCUCACCUCUGGAACCAUACUUAGGAGUUUCCAGUGUGGAGGGUCUGUGCUUUCCCAGAGAACUGUGUUGACCGCUGCUCACUGCAUCGCUGCGUUCUUCAGCUUCGGGUCUCUUAGCAGCUCUCUCCGCGUCACCGUAGGUACCAACCGCUGGAACCAAGGCGGACAGACGCUCAGUCUAUCCGGCAACGCGACCCACCAGCACUACGUCAGCGGUACCAUCAAGAACGACAUCGGAAUGCUGUUUACGGCCUCUAACAUUGUGUUCAACAACCUCGUCAGCCCGAUCUCGCUGAGCUUUGAUUUCGUUCCGGGCAAUGUGCAGGCUAGAGCUGCUGGAUGGGGCAGGACCAGUGCUAACGCAGCCAUCCCAGCCUCGCUACUAGAAGUCCAGCUUCCCACCAUCGACGGCCAGCAAUGCGUGCGCGACGCGGCGCUAGCAUCGGUGACGCUCAACAUUCGUGCUCCGCCUGUAGAACCACACAUCGAGCUGUGCACCUUCCACUCCCCAGGCAGAGGCACUUGCCGCGGUGACUCCGGUAGUGCUUUGGUCCGCAUCGACCGCGGCACCCAGAUCGGAAUCGUGUCGUGGGGCUUCCCUUGCGCCCUCGGAGCGCCCGACGUGUUCGUCCGAGUCAGCGCCUUCCAAUCCUGGAUCAACCAGCACCUCCGUUAAUAAAUGAAU